AAAAAAACUACAUAAAUAUACCUUUGACUAAUGAUAAUGAGGAUCUCCAGUGGAAAUAUUUGCAAAUCAAAUUGCAACAUUCUUUACAUGACCAAAAAGCAUAUGGGAUUGGUAGUACUCCCUAUUUCAAAGUGUUUUAAAUUGAGUAAACUAGGAGCUCGUAGAUUCAAGAUCACGAGCUCGUGGAACCCAAGGUACGGCGCCCACUGUUCUUUUGCAGACAGAGCGGUGGCUGAACUCCGAGAGCGGUGGAUGGAAUUCCAAGGGAUCAAGAAUUGGGAAGGCUUGCUUGAUCCACUUGAUGAUGAUCUCCGUAAGGAGAUCUUGAGGUAUGGGAAAUUUGUUGAAGCAGCCUAUCACUGCUUCGACUUUGACAUGUCAUCAUCCACGUACGCCACAUGUGUUUAUCCUGAGAAUUCCAUGAUGCUGACGAACUGCGGACUAGACAAGAGCGGAUACAAGGUCAUCAAGAACUUGUAUGCCACGUGCGCAGUCAAAAUGCCACAAUGGACAAAAAGGACGUUUCCAAACCUAGCGUCCCCGCGAUCCAGCUGGAUUGGUUACGUGGCUGUAUGUGACAACGUGGAAGAGAUCGCUAGGCUCGGGCGCCGCGACGUGGUGAUUGCUUAUCGGGGUACCGCUACCUCAUCUGAAUGGCUCGAGAAUUUACGCACCACAUUAACUUGCUUACCAGAUAAUAUGAUGUCGCCCGACGAAAAUUACGAUCAACCCAUGGUACAAAGUGGACUAUUGAGCUUGUACACAACAAACACCCAAUGUGACCAAAGUUUGCAAGACACAAUUAGAGAAGAAAUUGGCAACAUUCUUGAUAAAUAUAGUGAUGAGCCAUUAAGUAUAACUGUGACAGGACAUAGUCUUGGUGCUGCCCUUGCAACAUUAACAGCGUAUGAUAUUACUACAAAAUUUAGUAAGGCACCCAUAGUGAGUGUUGUAUCAUUUGGAGGGCCUAGAGUUGGAAACAAGAGUUUUCGAUGCCAAUUGGAGAAAAGACGUACAAAUGUUCUCCGCAUUGUCAACUCCGACGACCCCGUUACAAAAGUUCCGGGGUUCGUCAUCAAUGACGUGGCAGAAAAAGGGACUGCCCACGUGGCGUCCACGGGGAUGCCAAGCUGGCUACAAAAGUGCAUGGAGGAUACACAAUGGGUGUAUGCUGAGGUAGGGAAAGAACUUAGAUUAAGUAGUAAAGGAGAUAUUGCCACGUGUCACGAUCUCAAGACAUAUCUACACUUAGUGGACAAAUUUGUAAAAGUGGAUAGUGAUCAAUGAAGUGAGCUGAGUAGUAUAAGUUUUGAAGUUCAAAUUUCAGUAGAGCUAUCUUCUCAUUUUUUUUAGUCUUGAUGGAUAGAAUUAUGUGGUUACACAUAUAUAUAUCCCGUAAAAUAGGAUCACAUGAAUAUAUUUUGAAAUUCCACGGCAAAAAUGUUUGUUGUGUGAAAAAUAUGCACAUUAUUAGAGAAAGGGUUUCCAUUUAUUUUCAAGGAGCCUUACUCUCAUUAUUGCCUAUACUUUA